AUGGACCUGAAACUGAAGGAAGGGAGUGGAUCUGGACAAGACGAUGGCAUCAUUGGUAAUGAGGACGAGCGAGGUGUGGCUUCCGCCUCACAACAACAGCAUAGCUCAGCGGCGGAUGUUGACGACGACGGCCGCAGUUGGAGCAAGGGCGCGAGCGAGGAUGAAGGCGCCCGCGAGACGACGGGGGCGAGGGCGAUGACCUUGCCCGAGAGCGAUGACGGCGGCUGA